AUGAUGCGCCAUAUUGCUAUCGGAGUUGAAGAAAAACUCCACGUACCGAUGCCAACUAUCCGCGAUGAAUCUCACGCGAUUGAGCUGUUCAGCACGGGGUACGAGUUGCUAAAGUUAAAGCCACGCAAGUAUAAACGUAGGGUAGAUCAACUGAAGCUUACCACCGUGCUGCGACUGGUCCGUGAAGGCGAGGUUCCGCGCGGUCGCGUGCUUCCCUAUAAGCCACGGAAGCAUACAAAGAAAGUAGCUGGCCAUUUACAAACCUAA